AAUAAUUGUCAAAACAUUUACCAAUAAUCUUGUCACUGAAACUAGCCUUCAGAAAUGCUCGCGUUUUAGUCGACAGUAUGCCAAUUUUAUUGAAACAGCCGUAAAACUUGGAAGAAAAACCCCUUUUCUAUCUACUUAUUAUGUCAAUUUACCAAUUUUCCCGGUGUACUGAGAAUUCUGCCGGUGUAUUUUUUAUGGCCUGAUGUAAUGGCGUUUCAGUCUGGAAUACUAAAGAGAAAGUUUCAAAGAGAAGUUGGUGAUUUGAAUACUCACCAGUUUCAACGACAGCUUCAAGUGACGCCAGAUCUUAUACAGAGACUUGGGCUGGAGAGAGAACUCCAGGGUCAUCAUGGCUGUGUUAAUUGUCUUGAAUGGAACGAACAGGGAACGUUAUUGGCCAGUGGGUCAGACGACCUGAAUGUGAUUCUUUGGGAUCCCUUUAGAAACCGCACAAAAGCCACAGUCAGCACUGGACACCAGGGGAAUAUUUUUUCUGUUAAAUUUUUGCCGAAUACCAAAGACUCCAUUCUGGUAACAGGGGCUGCGGAUUGUAAGAUACGAGUACACGACCUGAGUGUCAAUGAGAACACACACGUCUUCUCCUGCCAUGUGGGGCGGGUCAAGCGCCUCGCCGUGGCCCCUAAUGUGCCUUUCAUGUUCUGGAGCGCCGCCGAGGACGGCACCAUCAUGCAAUUUGAUCUCAGAAGCCCGGAGUCGAGUCAGUCUAAUCCAAAGAACGUCAUUGUAAAUCUGAAUGCUCACAUGGGUCACAGCGCCGAGGCUAAAUGUCUGGCCAUCAAUCCACUCCGCCCCGAGUACCUGGCGGUGGGUGCUAACGAUCCCUACAUCAGAAUGUACGACCGACGCAUGCUGGUCUGUCGCAGUCUCAAACUGCCACAGGAAAGCACUAACAGAUCUCCUUGGUCGUGGGAAAGGUCUAGUCCCCUGGUACCUGCCUCACCUGAUGAAUUUCCCAUUCCUCAUGAUGCUGUCACAUAUUUUAUCGCAGGUCAUCUGCCACAAAAGCAGCAAGAUUACAAGAAGCGCUACCGAACCCUGGCCUCCACCUACCUGACCUUCAGCCCUGACGGUCGCGAACUUCUGGUCAAUCUGGGGGGAGAACAGGUCUACAUCUUUGAUGUCAACAGACGCAGAAAGGCAGAAAAAUUUGAUAUAUCUAUGGUUCUGGCUGCCAAUGGCAUUGUUAAAGACGCUGGUAGCAGUAAUGGCUUCCACUUACACUCUCAUAAGAAUGGUGCUUCUAAUGGUGUGACAAACGGCGUCUCAAACGGCGUGACAGCUGCUGCAGCAGCAGUGAUGAAGGCAGAGAUGGAAGUGGAGGAAAAACAUAGGGACCCCUCAGCAAGAAAGAGGCAGAAAACCCCCAUUAGUGCCAAACCAAUCCCCCCAGCAGUGGAGGUUAUAAAGAAGAAAGCCAACCGUUACUUUGAGCUGGACCAGUGUUCUAAAGCCAUUAUUCUAUAUAACCAGGCUAUCCAGAGAGCCCCCUGGGCAUCAGUGCUCUACGGCAAUAGGGCCGCAGCUUUUAUGAAAAGGAAGUGGGAUGGAGACCUGUACGCCGCUCUUAGAGACUGUCACAGUGCUCUACACAUUGACCCAAACCAUUUAAAAGCUCACUUUCGACUGGCCCGGUGUCUGUAUGAACUCUCAUGGCCCCAGGAAGCUUACGAUUGUCUACAGGAAUUCAAGCAUAAAUUUCCUGAUUACGCAAAGAGUAACGCAUGUGAAACCUUGGAUAAGGACAUCAAAGCAGCUAUCUACUCCAAAACAGAUCAUGGGGAGGAGAAGCCUGAUUCAUCGUCGGAUACCCCAGACUCUGUGUCCCCGGGGAGGCGUGGCCUGUCCAUCUCUGACCAGGAGACCUGCUGGCGAGCCCUGGCCAGCGAUUACGAGGCCCGAUUCUGUGGUCACUGUAACACCACCACUGACAUCAAAGAAGCCAACUACUUUGGCAGCAAUGGUCAGUAUGUAGUGGCGGGGUCAGAUGACGGAUCAUUUUUUAUUUGGGAGCGAGACACGACUAAUAUUGUACGAGUGUUAAGGGGAGAUGACUCCAUUGUUAACUGCCUCCAGCCCCACCCCACCCACUGUCUCCUAGCAACCAGUGGCAUUGACCCAGUGGUCAGACUCUGGAGCCCCAGGGCAGAGGAUGGGACAAAAGAUGAGCGGGAAGUGGACAAUUCUGACGAUGCAGCUCUAGCCAAUCAGAAGAGGAUGAAUGCUGACCCCCUAGAGGUCAUGCUGAUGAACAUGGGGUACAGGAUUACAGGAGUGUUUGAUGUGGACGAAGAGGAGCAGAACAAUAAUGACCAGUCUGUUCAAUGUCGUCCUAGCUAGGGCCAAUUGUCCAUGCAGUCAGUGUCGUCCUAGCUAGGGCUAACUAACCAGUAUAUGUCAUCCUAUCUAUGGCCAUCUGACCAGUCAAUGUCGUCCCAGCUAGGGCCAACUGACUGACCUGUUUAAUAUCAUCCUAAAAAGGACAAUAAAGACCAGUCUUAUUAAUUUGUCCUGGCAAGGAUAUUUAUGAUCAAUUUUGUUGUAAAUAAUUGUUCUAACUAAGGCAUUGAUGAUUGGUCCAUUAUCUUUGUGAUGACAGUGAUGAUUGUUUAAUGCCCUGGUUAGGACGAGAAUGUCUGGUCUGUUAAUGGCUCAGCCAGGAUUCUAACAUAAAGUUACCAUUCAUUGUUACUCUGGCCAGGACAAUUAUUCCUUGAGUGUUUUUUGUGAUAUGUAGGGAGAGCUGUUUCAGGAGGUUGUUAAGUUCUGUGACGAGACGUUAAAAAUGUACACGAUUUUAACGUCUGUGCAUGAAAAAGCAUUAUAAUAUUGAAUACAUACGAAAAAAUAUCAAAUUUGUUGUUGUACAGAAGUUCCUUUCUAAGCAAGAAUUUUUCAAACAAGAUUUUAUUUAAACAUGAAUGCAUGUAUAUUUCUAAGAAACCUUGAAGUAAUGCUUAACAGUACAGAGUUGUAAAUAUUGUAUAGGCUAAUAAUAAUUUAAGUAUGUAUGAGAGCUUAUUACAUGUAUUUGACUUAAACACUUAUGUACUCUUGUUGAUUUGACCAUUAUGUAAGGAGAAAAAAGAAGAAUGUGAGUAAUUAGUGACAGUGGGGGUGUUAGUGGAACACAAGGUGACAUUAAGGAUCAGCUGAUCAGCUUGCCAUUAGUGUUAAUCAUGUGAUAAUCCGUGUUAUUUGUUUGUUACUUUUGAUUUUAUUGUUAGUUUUGUUGACUUCUCAAUCAUUAUGAGCAGUAAGGCUUUUUUUCUUUUGUUGCUUUGAAUCUUUAUUAUACCAGUUGUAUAGCCAUUGUUCAGUGUAAUUUUUUUUAAGCAUUCAAAUUUUUUUUUUCACAGUUAAAAUUAAACAGUGAGAAAGUGAAGAUUAAUAAUCUCUGAGAAGAAAUGAAUAAACUGGGUCCUUUGUACCUGAGAAA